AUGGUUGGUUCCAGUUACCGUGGAAGAACUCAGCUGAGCCGACAGGCCGACCUCCAGAUAAACGGAGUCCAAGAUACAGAUCACACCACCUAUUACUGCUUUGUGAUGCUGAAAUUCUGCACUGGGACACACAAGUCCAAGUCAAUGCUCAGAUAUGGGGCUGGAACACAAUUAAAUGUGAAUGAAAACUCUGUGCAAUGCAAAACAUAUAGAACCGUUCCAUCCUCUCUGUCUUCCAACAUGAAGGUGAUCCAGGUCCUCCUGACAUUGCUCUUCAUCCAAGGAGUACAAAGCAGGCACGUGCGGUCAGGGGAGGCAGGAGACGUCUACAGUGACAAGUCCUUCUGUACAGAGCAGCCUGACUCCAUAAGGGUGGAAAAAGGAGGAUCAGUGAUCAUCCCUUGUCACUUCUCUUAUCCCAAUAAUAUUACACCAACAGAGGUGAGAGUGUACUGGAGACGAGGCACAACAGGAGGCUAUUGUGGAAACAAUCCAUUCAUUUACAAUCACACUGAGAACUGGACACAUGGAAACUAUACAGGACGGAUCAGUAUGGAGGGAAACCCUGAGAAGGUGAGAACAGCGACAAUCAGAAUCCAGAGACUGAAGGAAACAGAUGGACCCAUGUUCUGCUGUAGGAUCUCACUACGUUAUAAUGGGGAUAAAAAGGAAGAGUGGCAGAACCGGCAUGGAACCCAUAUAAAGUUCAAAGACCAGUUCUCCGUAGAGCAGCCGGAUGUUGUCCCUGCUGUGAUGGGAGAAGAUAUCUCUAUACCAUGUGCUGUUCAUUAUAAGUCACCGGAUUUUAUAGAGGAGAUUAUCUGGAGGGUCGGGACAAGUGAUGUGUGUUCUGAAAAUCCUGAAUUUUUAAGAUGGAAUAUACAAAACAUGACACACAAGGUUGGGCGAUGGACGUUACAGAAAUCUGAGAACAUCUUCUCAUUGCACAUAAAGAGAGUUAUAGAUUUUGACAGUCGGCAAUAUUGCUGUGAGGUGAUUACAAAGCUAAGAACAGAGAAACAAUCAUCGGCACACUGCACCCAGGUAGUGAUAGCAGAUCCUACUCAGAAUGAUUUCAGGUUCACAGUCACUCAGUCUGGGAUAAUAUUGGCUAAUGAAGGAGACUCUGUCACCAUCAACUGCUCAUACACCGUCCCACCAAACCAGAACCUUCUGUGGAGAGGAGUCUUCUGGAGAGUGGGCAGCCCAACAGGACCCUAUGCCUAUCACCCCUCUGAUCUGAUGGUUGGUUCCAGUUACCGUGGAAGAACUCAGCUGAGUGGACAGGCCGACCUCCAAAUAAACGGGGUCCAAGAUACAGAUAACACCACCUAUUACUGCUUUGUGAUGCUGAAAUUCUGCACUGGGGCAAAUAAGUCCAACUCAAUGCUCGUAUAUGGGGCUGGAACACAAUCUCCGCAAGACAAAAUAAAGAAAACCGUUCCAUCCUCUCUGUCUUCCAACAUGAAGGUGAUCCGUGUCCUCCUGACAUUGCUCAUCAUCCAAGGAGAAAGAUCAGAAGAGAAGGGUCUAGUCCGUGCCAAGGUGAAUAUUGCACGGCCCCCGUUUUUGUCUCCGCAAGACAAAAUAAAGAAAACCGUUCCAUCCUCUCUGUCUUCCAACAUGAAGGUGAUCCGUGUCCUCCUGACAUUGCUCAUCAUCCAAGGAGACGUCUACAGUGACGGAGACAAGUCCUUCUGUACAGAGCAGCCUGACUCCAUAAGGGUAGAAAAAGGAGGAUCGGUGACCAUCCCUUGUCACUUCUCUUAUCCCAAUAAUAAUACACCAACAGAGGUGAGAGUGUACUGGAGACAAGGCCCAACAGGAGGUCAUUGUGGACAAAAUCCAUUCAUUUACAAUCACACUGAGAACUAUACAGGACGGAUCAGUAUGGAGGGAAACCCUAAGCAGGGGAGAACAGCGACAAUCAGAAUCCAGAGACUGAAGGAAACGGAUGGACCCAUGUUCUGCUGUAGGAUCUCACUACGUUAUAAUGGGGAUAAAACGGCGGAGUGGCAGAACCGGCAUGGAACCUAUAUAAAGUUCAAAGACCAGUUCUCAGUAGAGCAGCCGGAUGUUGUCCCUGCUGUGAUGGGAGAAGAUAUCUCUAUACCAUGUGCUGUUCACAAUAAAUCUCCUGAUUUUAUAGAGGAGAUUAUCUGGAGGAAAGGAGAAAGUGACCUGUGUUCAGAAAAUCCUGAAUUUUUAAGAUGGAAUAAACAAAACAUAACACAAAAGUUUGAGCGAUGGACGGUACAGAAAUCUGAGAAAAUCUUCUCAUUGCACAUAAAGAGAGUUAUAGAUUCUGACAGUCGGCAAUAUUGCUGUGAGGUGAUUACAAAGCUGAGAACACAGAAACAAUCAUCGGCACACGGCACCCAGGUAGUGAUAGCGGAUCCUAAUCAGAAUGAUCCCGAGUUCACAGUCUCUCAGUCUGGGAUAAUUUUGGCCAAUGAUUCUGUCACCAUCAACUGCUCUUACACCGUCCCACCAGACCAGAACCUUCUGUGGAGAGGAGUUUUCUGGAGAGUGGGCAGCCCAACAGGACCCUAUGCCUAUCACCCCUCUGAUCUGAUGGUUAAUUCCAGUUACAUUGGAAGAACUCAGCUGAGUGGACAGGCCGAUCUCCAGAUAAAAGAAUUCCAAGCUACAGAUAACACCACCUAUUACUGCUUUGUGAUGCUGACAUUUUGCAUUGGAAAUAACAAGUACAAAUCAACACUCAGAUAUGCAACACAAUUUAAUGGAAAUAGAAAAAAUUCAACCCCAACAGGGAUUCUGGCUGGAGUAGGGAUCAUACUCUUUCUGAUUGUUUUGUGUCUCAUAUUGUUCAUCCUGAAGAAGAGAGGUGUAAUCUGUAAAAAGAAGGAGAGUGUAAAGUCUUCACCUUCACCUGUGAACCAUGCUUCAAGUCCCCCAAGCACUUACGAUAAUGACCAGUACCUUCUGUGGAAAGGAGUUUUCUGGGGAGUGGGCAGCCCAACAGGACCCUAUGCCUUCCACCCCUCUGAUCUGAUGGUGGAUUCCAGUUACCGUGGAAGAACUCAGCUGAGUGGACAGGCCGACCUCCAGAUAAACCGGGUCCAAGAUACAGAUCACACCACCUAUUACUGCUCUGUGAUGCUGAAAUUCUGCACCGGGGCACCACAGUCCAACUCAACCUUUAGAUGCGGAGGCUUACACGUCCUUCGUUCCGGGAUCGGCGCAGGCUUCCGCCGCGUCAUCGCGGAUGUCACCAAGCCCUUCCUCCUCUGUCUGUUUAAGCCGUGGGAUUCAAUUCCCCGGCGUUCGAGCAAAGGAGAAGACGCUGGGAAAUACCGCUCCUACCCCGCACGCUGA